CGCGGGCAGUACAUUUGUUUAGCCGUGCUAACGGUAAAAUAACUGCUAAUUGCUAAUUUCCAAUUAACGAAUCGUGAAGUGCGUAACUCUCGCRAAAAAACGCCAAACUAAUUAGCUGUUCAUACAUACCACGCAGCAAGAAGGCAACGCCGUACGACCAAACCAAACACUCACGCACACGUGGUGUAAACUGCGUUAGCUGGAUAUUCGAUAGACAUACGGAGCUAUUGAUGUUUAGCGCUUGAUGCCAAGUGAAGCGUCAACAUGGGUGAUAUGUUCCGCAGUGAAGCGAUGGCCUUGUGCCAAAUGUUUAUACAACCGGAAGCGGCGUACUCGACGAUGGCCGAACUAGGCGAUAGUGGCUGUGUACAAUUUCGUGAUUUGAAUGCACAAGUUAGCGCUUUCCAACGUAAAUUUGUGGCAGAGGUCAGACGCUGCGAUGAAUUGGAGCGUAAAAUACGUUACAUCGAAAAUGAGCUGCGCAAGGAUGACAUCAAAAUGCAAGAGGUGCUGGACGAGCCGCGACCACCGUAUCCGCGAGAAAUCAUUGACCUGGAAGCGCAACUGGAGGCGAUUGAGACCGAAAUACGUGAACUUGCCGCCAACAAGGUCAAUCUGAAUGCCAACCAUCAAGGCAUGCUGGAGCUGAAGCAUGUACUCGAAAAUGCGGAUAAUUUCUUCACCGACAGCGAAGUCAUCAAUUUGAGCGCGCAACGCUUCUCCGAUGCCGCCGAGUAUGCACCGCCACUGCCUGGCCAACAACGCGGCCAGUUGGGCUUCGUUGCCGGCAUUAUCAACCUGGAGCGUUACUUCUCCUUCGAACGCAUGUUGUGGCGCAUCUCGAUGGGUAAUGUCUUUCUCAAGCGUAGCGAUCUCAGCGAGCCGCUUUUAGAUGCCGAAACCGACAAACCGGCAGUGAAAACGGUUUUUAUCGCCUUUUUUCAAGGCGAACAGUUGAAGCAGCGCAUCAAAAAGGUAUGCGCUGGCUAUCACACCUCAGUUUAUCCCUGUCCAAGUUCCUACUUGGAACGCCAGGAGAUUCUUAAGGACGUGUGCAUGCGUCUGCAAGACUUAACAUUGGUGCUCAAUCAGACAGCAGAUCACCGCAAUCGUGUGCUAGUUGCUGCUUCGAAGAUACUGCCCGCUUGGACGAUUAUGGUGAAGAAGAUGAAGGCCAUCUAUCACACGCUCAACCUGCUCAAUGUGGAUGUGAGCAAUAAGUGUCUAAUUGGCGAAGGCUGGGUGCCGACUUGUGACUUGCCGAUCGUACGCGAUGCUUUGGCUAAAGGUUCAGCGAAAGUGGAUAGCACAAUCACAUCAUUUUUGAAUGUAAUCGAAACGAAUGAACAGCCGCCUACAUAUAAUCGUACGAACAAGUUCACGCGCGGUUUUCAGAAUUUGAUCGACGCCUAUGGGCUCUGCUCCUAUCGCGAAGUGAAUCCGGCACUCUAUACCUGCAUCACGUUCCCCUUUUUGUUUGCCGUGAUGUUUGGCGAUAUGGGUCAUGGUCUUAUACUGCUAUUGGCGGCGCUCUACAUGGUGCUAAACGAGCAGAAGCUGAGCCAGAAUAAGAGUGAAAUAUUCAACUUAUUUUUUUCUGGACGCUACAUUAUGUUGCUUAUGGGUAUGUUCUCCCUCUACACCGGUUUCAUAUACAACGACGUUUUCUCCAAGUCUGUGAAUAUUUUCGGCUCUGCYUGGCGCGUGAACUACAAUACCUCAACUGUGUGGAACAAUCCUAUAUUAACGCUAGACCCCCUUUAUAGCGUGGACGGCGUAUAUCCAUACGGCAUGGAUCCGAUUUGGGCAUUAGCUGAUAAUAAAAUAAUAUUCUUGAAUACCUACAAAAUGAAAUUGUCCAUCAUAUUCGGUCUUAUACACAUGCUCUUUGGCGUCUUCAUGUCUUUCCUCAAUUUCGUACACUUCAAAAAGUACUCACACAUCUUCCUCGAGUUUCUGCCGCAACUGUUGUUUUUGUUAAUGCUUUUCGGUUAUUUGGUAUUCAUGAUGUUCUUCAAGUGGGUAGUGUAUUCCGGUAAGGCCACCGAACAGGCUCUGACGCCUGGUUGUGCGCCAUCCAUACUCAUCUUGUUCAUCAAUAUGAUGCUCUUCGGRCACACCGCGCCAAAGGACGGCUGCAAGGAGUACAUGUUCGCGGGACAAGAAGCACUACAAUUGGUGUUGGUUGUGAUAGCGUUGCUUUGCAUACCAUGGAUGUUGUUGGGCAAUCCAUUGCUCGAGAAAUAUAAGCGUAGCCAAAGAGCGCUACAAGUUGCCUACACUAACGGUGUCAACAAUACGCCGGUAAAUAACUCGACAGCAGCGUCUAGUUCGGCUGGUUCGUCUGGUGCACCUAAACCAGUGGCAAACGGACACCCCGGUCACGGUGUUGCYGACGAGGAGCCGAUGAGUGAGCUGUACAUAAAGCAAUCCAUACACACCAUAGAGUAUGUGCUGAGUACCAUCUCGCACACGGCCUCUUAUCUGCGCUUGUGGGCGCUCUCGUUGGCGCAUGCGCAGCUGUCAGAGGUUUUGUGGAUGAUGGUGAUUCGAGUAACAUUUUUGCUAACGGUCUUUAUUUCUGAUUACUAUUAUAUUAUCUCCAUCGUGUUAUAUUUUACAUUCGCUGCAUGGGCAUUUUUUACGAUCGCUAUCCUCGUCAUUAUUGAGGGAAUGUCCGCGUUUUUGCACACCCUACGUCUGCACUGGUGA